AUGCUCACUAAAUUGAAAUCUUUUAUUCCACCAAGCAGAUUCAAGAAUAUUUAUUCCGAUCAAGGUCCGGCAAUUAUAGCUGCUGUUAGAGAAUCAGGCUUUUCUUGCGAUCAUAAAUUUUGCUUACGUCAUUUUGCAACAAAAAGGGAAUACAUCAAUGUCUAUUCCGAAAUUGUUGAAGUCGCUUACGCAGACCAUCCUCAAAAACGAAUUGACUUGAUUAAAAAGUUAGAAACUCGUUUACAAGAGGAAUAUCCAAACCGCGAAAAUAAUCAGGAUCUCUUUAAGUACUUAGAUAGUAUUAACCCAUUUGAAGGAUUCGCUGACUACACCGCUGGCAUACUCACAACAUCUCUUAUUGAAUCCCUUAAUGCCGAAAUUAAAGAUAAAUGGGAUACAUAUGAACCCGCCGAACUAAUUAUCCGUCUCAUUGAACAUGAAUUCAAUCUUGUUAAAAAUGUUUUAACAGGUGAUUUUAAAUCAGAUAAUAUUAUCAAAAAUCUAAAUGAAACUUUGAAACAUUCAGAUAUGUUUAGCUCGGUAUUAUAUGAUCCAAUUCAAAAAUUAUAUUAUGCAACUUUUGGUCGCUAUACAUAUUGCGUAAAAAUUAUGUCAGAUUCACAAUAUUCAUGCACAUGUAAGCACAUCGAAUUAUACGGAUUACCUUGUAUUCAUGUAAUCGCCGUAUUGAAUCACUUUUCGAACAAAAAUCUUCUUAAAAAUUUGAAUGAUGCAGUUCAUGCUCGCUUCAAAUGUUCAGAGUUUAUGACUCCUGUGGAAGAUUUAAUGAAAUUUUAUGUUGACCAAGCAUCUUUAAAAAUUCCCGGAAUAAAUUUCAACCUGGGAGAGAUUGAAAAAUUAAGGGGAAAAAGGACUAGGAUUAAAGCAUUUUACGAAAAGUGA